ACAGCUGUCACCAUUUCUUAAAGACCCGAUCAAUCGCGCCAUCUGGGACAAGCUGGAAUGUAAUACUCAAUUGAACAGUGUGUUCCGUUUAUAGGAAUAGUUUUGAAGGUUUACACAUAAAUUCAAUUAAAAAUAAACUAUGGAAUGGAUAAGCUGGAUAGCGUUGCUGCAACCUAUCAUAAUGUCCUUGUUCCUAGUGAUAUUUCGGCAGCAUUGGCUCGGUCAACAGUUUGCAAAUAAGGACUCUUAUGCCGUUCCAAGUGCCGAUAUAGAUGAGAUAAAAGAUAGACUAAAGACUGUUGAAGAAACUUCUUUAUCAAGUAAAGAUAUAAACGGCAUAGAAGAAUCUAUAUCGGACUUGUAUAAAUCAAUUGGAAUGUUGCAAGAUCAGGCUGGGAAAUACUCACAAGUUAAUGAACCGUGCAGCAGCUGUGACGGACACUCUGCUAAUAUAGGUAUUGCUGUGCUUGCACUGAUUCAGCUGGUGACAGUCAUCUGUUUGGCAGUUCUGUGGAGAAAAAUGAUAAAAGUUCAAGUUCCAAACGAAAAUAUUCAAGCACCAACAAAAACAAACAAUAACUUACAAACAACCGCAAAAUAAAAAUGACAGAUGUUCUGCAUUGAUGGAUGUAUGCGGCAACAGUGUUAGUUUAAGAUUUUGUGGCUUUUACUGUCUUUGAAUUAGUGUGACACAUUGACGCGUUCGAGAUUUCUAUGUUAUAAUCUAAUAGUUUCUGCUAUGCACUUAUGCCAUUAAGCAAUUUUAUACAAUACAAACCAUUUUAUUUUUUGUACUUUCUUUAUGAUUUAUACGAAGUUUAGUUAAGUCAUUGUAAUACAUUACGCUUUCUUUUCUCAUACAUAUUUCACUUUUGGUAUGAAGUAUUUUUAAUUGACAUUAUCACAUCUUCAUUUUUGUUUAAUUCCAUGUAUGGAUUGAUAUGAUUGAUAGAUCCCUUCUCUGACCUUUUAUUUGAAUAACAAUAAAUUUAACCAUAGACAUUGACAUGUGCUCUUAUGUUAACAAAUAUGU